AACCAUUCCUUUCAUUUCGGGGUACGCUUCCUGUUGUUUCUACCAAAACAUUUUUCCUAUGUUUUUUCUUCUUCUUUUUCUGAUGAGUUGGUCUGAUAGAUGAGGCCUAGUUUCCGUCCUAAGAGGACGGACCAAGGAACGCUGUCGACAAGUGGAAUUACAAAUGCAACUAUCAAGCGCGUCGACUGUCCUACCGGUACCGUCCCUAUCAGAAGAACAAGCAAAGCAGAACUCAUCACAGCCAAAAUGCAGGCGAAGGUUUACGCUCGACUUUCCGAUCCGAACACCAUCGAGGAACAUGGCCUCCAUCUUGCUAUUAUUCGAACCGAAUUCGGAUCCCUAAAGAAGUACAAUGGAGGGGGGAUGUUGAGCAGCAUAGAAGUACCAAAAGUCCACGGGGCACAGUAUAGCGCAGGCCAGAUGAAAAUCGAAAAUAUCCCCGAUUUCAUUCAAGUUGGAUGGAUGGUGAAUCCAUCCUUGUACUCGGACGAUCAGACCCGCGGGUUCAUCUUUCAAAAGGCUAGUUUCCGCCCAUUGUACAAGAUUCUUUUCUUUCGACAUAUUCAUCGAAUGACCUGACCGUUUAACACUUCCUGCGCCGAGCGCCUAAUUUUUGCCACAGAUGGGCCAGUCAUCUUGCUUCAAUGUCCACUGUCCAGGGUUCGUUCUCGUGCGAUCCGAUCACCCGGUCGAUGCAGCUUACGAGGCACAUUCUCGAAUGGGAGGACCGGUGUACACGUACAAUUACUUUAUUUACAGGGUAAACUUCUGAUAUACCAGAGCCCCAUUUCGCUUUGCUCGGUCAGUUAUUUCCUACAAGACCUUAGUUAA